UUACAACAAUUAACCAAUGUAAACACCUUAAUUGUUGAGCAAUCGAUUGAUUAAUCUUAUUGAUAAGCAAUAUCGCCAUUAACCCUCUGACCAGUAGUAAUCUGAAAACCGGCCUAACGAAAAGUAUGUCAAUCCCUUUGAUUAAGAGAAAACCUCAACCUAAUUGUGUAUUAAGAUCAAGAAUCCUGUUCGGUAAGUUGGUUAACUGUUGCAAUUGAUUUUAAUCAUUAUCAUCAUUUAAACAACAAUCAACAUGAAAACUGUGAAAAUGUAAUAAACUUUUAAUCUGUUAAUGUGAAACUAAAACACACACACGAAAAUGAAAACAAUGUUUUUAUCACUAGAGUUUCAAGUUAUCAUCUUUUUGUCUUUAUCAGAAAUUAACAGUAUCAUUUGUCUUGAAAAUCAACAGGAAACAAACACUGAAUCAAAUAUCAAUCGGGAUAAUUUACAAUACUCAAGAUCUGAUGUUUCAUCUUCAUCCCAUUCAUCCUCAUCCUCUGGUCAAUCAUCUUCAACCUCUUUCUGUGAAAAUAUUUUACCAGGUCUCGAAUCUGUGGCAAGAGGAGUGGACAUAACUAAACUUGACCUUCUUCACGAUUACAGUGUCGACGGAUUUGAUGGUACCACUGAGAACCUUUUCGAUUACACUUGUCGAAAGAGUCGAAAGGUCACCAUUGCAGGUCGAGAAUAUGAUGUACCUGAUCAAGUUCAGAAUAUCAAAUUAUCUGAACAAGAAUCUUUUAUAACUUCGUUAGUAUCAUCGACAUCAUCUCCAAUUUCAUUACUAUCGUCGUCAUCAUCGUCAUCGUCAUCCUCAGUUACUCCAAUGACCAUGACAGAGGUUCGACUUUUUGAAGAUUUUCGACUUCUCAAGAAUCAUUUGUCAACUUCUCUUGGAUUAGGUCGAAGUUCAUCUAAAGGUUGGUUCUCUGAGACUUUAUCUCUUUCACAUUUUCAACAAUUGAUGAUAAACUCAUCGACCACCCUGUUAACCAUGGAAGCCAAUUCCCCUCUGUACACGAUAACAUUACCAUCUAAACUUCCGCUUCGUCGACAUUUAUCUGAAUUCUUAUCCGAUUACCUGGAACAAGAAUUACCUGAUUCCUAUGACACUGAUCCAACUCGUUACCUUGAUUUCCUCAAAACUUACGGUACACACUAUUAUCGUACAAUGACCUUGGGAGGAAGUAUUAAACUCUGGUCAGAGGUCAGUCCAAAUAUACGAAGCGGGAUAACAACAAAUACCCUUCAGUACAAGGCACAAACUUUGUAUGAAAAUUUACUAGCCAAUUUUGGAGCUGUCCAAUCAUCAUCAUCGACACCUUCGGAAAAUACAAUGGACAGUUUCCAAAUGACCUUAAUGUCGGUAACUCAUGCUCGAGUCUACGGAGGUGACACAAAUCUUUACAAGACGAAAGGUUAUCAGUCAUGGAAAGAAUCAUUAAUGAAAGAUCCUAAACUAAUCUCAGGCUUAUUAUCACCAAUAACUGACCUUGUCAAGGACAAUAACAAACGAACCCAAUUAGCCAAAGCAAUGGACAUUUACUUAGCACUGGCUUAUCUUCAAGAGUCCAAGCGAUUGCUACAAGUUUAUCUCAUUAUCCUACCAAUCAAAGUAAAAGAAAACAUUGAAAAUCUAAUGAGCAGAAUUGAUAAAAUUCAAGAUGACGAUACACCAUCAUACGAAUCAGUUAAACAGCUUCUGGAACAAUUAUGAAAAAAACCACCACCAACAACAACAAUUAACUUAAUUAUAUUUGACCAAAAGGAAACAACCAAAUCACGCAAGGCAAACAAUUUCAUUGCUCAAAGUCAUUUGAAAUUGAUUGUAAAACUUUUAUUAUUAUUUAUUUAUUUAUCAACAAUAAAAGAGACAACCACUUGCUACAUUUAACCUUGAAAGGUCAAAUAAGUGUUGACCACAACACUUACCAAUGGACAGUUGAUCGGGUACACUAAGAUCAAUGAUAAACAGUGAUAAUU